AUGGCGAGCGCAAUCAUCGCGCGAGGGGUAGAGCCUCGCUCUGGCAUCUCCCUGGUUUCGCUCAGGUGUGGCUUGAUGCUUGAGAAACCAAACAACCCUGGCGCCUUGAUGAUCUUGACGUCCAACAACUCGCUUUCUCUAUCGCUCGUCAAGGAAGGCCCCGAGAACGCCGAGGCAUAUGUUGGCCUUUGCCUUUCCGUCCCUCGUGAUGUCGACACCAAGGUCCGCGCAUGGUACUCUUCCAACACUCGCAUGAACCCCUCCCGGACACUCGAAAUCAUUUGCAAGUUCCCCAAUCAACACUUCACCAUCAGUCAUCGCUCUCUCAACGACGGGGAGGCCAAGCACCUCGAGUACGCAUUCCCGUCCUACAAAGCGGCCGAGUUCUGUAUCGUCUCUGUCAACCUUUCAUGCGACCCAUCUGUCACUGGCUUCGGCAUCCCGUUUCAUGGGGAGGAGACCAUUGACGGCUGGAUCAACAAAGACGAACCGAUUCAUGGCACCAUCAAGCUCACUCAGCUACUCCAACAAAGAAGUUUCAUGCUUCUCGUCCAGGCAACCGGAGAACGAGCCGAAAAGUUCUUUGACGUCACUGCCUCGCCUUUCAAGCCCUUUCACUACGGCUAUGGUAACAAUCACACCUGGGACAUGGAUCGAUAUAACCACCAAAUUCCACGAAACCGAGGCCGAGAAUUUCUGCCCAGGGUCCACUACGAUGAUUUCAACCAGAGAGACACCGCCCUAACUCAAAUGCACGUCCAAGAUAAGGUUGGAGACGAGCCUGCUGCCACCACCGAACGUUUCGUCUGCCUUCUGGAGCCUGAAGGGAUCUUUUUUCGGAGACAUUGGCGCGCCACCCGUCGCGCUCUGAAGGGAGACUUUGCUCCAGCUCGCGUGGAGUUUAACGUACUCAUAGAGAACCCGGACGAUUCACGUGAACCUCGAAACGUCACCUGGACUGUCGUUCAGCUCACGUACGGCUCUGAUCUUCUCCGACGCGUGGAUCUCAAGAAUUGUAUCGCUCUCGGUCUUAUCCGACCAAAGUUUGGGAAAGAUCGAAAAUACACCCCAGCAGCGUCCGAGAACUACAAUUCGGCUCUCGAAGAGGACAGAAAGACCUUGAAACUCAUUUGUGAAUCCGGCAUCGCAAACGAGAGGAAGCGCAUCGAUGCCGUCAACCGACUGAGCAGUUCUGGCACAUGGCCUGCUGUGAUGUAUCAAGACAAGCUCUCAAAGGAAAAGAGAGCGGCCCUGAAUGACAUUCUCAUCGGUCAAGGCCUCUGGGGUGUGGUGAAAGCAACACCGUCCCCCCGCUUCCCCCACUUCGAUGUCUUUGACGGUGUCACCGCUGAAGUUCGCGACGCAUGCCUCGACUUUGUCUUUGAAGAUGACCGUGAGCGAGCCCAAGAGUACUUCGGCAAACUCCAUUUCGGUAUUGGUCUCGUCUCAGCUGCUCCUGGAAUGGGCAAAUCACACUUGGCUUCGAUCCUCGUCACGCUCCUGUGUUUGAAUCCGUCCAUCCGAAAGCUUUACGUCAGCGCCGCGUCCAACAUUGCUACCGACAACAUCCUUGAGAAAAGUAGCGACAUCGCCGACUCCAUCGUGGAGACACUCGCUGUCGCUGGGCACCCUGUCAAGCGGCUCAUGUUGGUUCGUGGCUACAACGGCAAGAUGGAGCGUGAGAACUGUCUGAAGGCUUUACUGGGCACUCCUUUCGAAGAGAUUGGCAUCUGGAAUUCUUCUCCUUGGCGGUUUGACCAUUCUCUUUGCUGGUGGACCCUCCGCGCCUUGGGUUCAGCGACUGUACCCCCUCUCACCACCAAUGAUUGCACUGAACUCUGGAAUCUUCACCACCACCUCGGCGCCCUGAUCUCUAACCCCCAAGUUUUCCAUCGAGAUUACGCCAAAUUUAUCCCUCUUGUACGUCUUGCCCGUGGACUAAUCACCCCCAAAGGGUACGUCGAAGGCUAUGGAAAGGAUGUUCAAAACACAUCACUCAUCGAUCUCAUGGCACACGUCGUUUCCUGCGCCAACGUUGUUGCCACCACUCCAGCAGCCUCUAGCUACGAUCCAUACCUCACUUUCAACUCGAAAAUGGCGAAAGCAGUUGUCUUUGAUGAAGCAGGAACCCUGUUUCGCGCAGACGGGCUCGUGGUAUUCGGCAACACCCCUCGACCCAUGAUUGCCGUCGGAGAUCCCAAGCAACUGGCCCCAGUUCUAGCUACAGCGAUUGAGAGACUCGAUGUUCGACGCGCUGACCGCCACCGAGACCAUCCUGACUUGCCAAACAACCGCUUCGUUGGUGAAGCCGAGAUUUCAUGGCUGUCUUGGUUCAUCCACCUCGGCUUUCCGGUUUUCCACCUCCAUACGCAGCAUCGGAUGGCAAAAGGCCUCUUCGAUAUGAUGCUUGAAGCUUCUUACGAUGAUAUCAAACCUUACUUCAAUUACAGUCCCCUCUGCCGCCCAAUCGACUUUCCCCUCGGCAUCAAGGUCGAGCAAUAUGUCAAGCUCAACCACCACCUCCCAUCUGAUAGCCCAGACAGUCUCCUCCCCGUGUUUUUCAACACUCUCAGAUGCCCUUGCCGCAACUAUCCAGACAAUCCUUCGAAACUCAACCCAAGACAGGCCCACUGUAUAGCAAAGUACCUCGAGCCAAUGAUGAAGGAACUUUCCAUCUCACCAGCUGAUGUCGCUGUCCUCACACCGUACCGAGCGAACAUGCGAGAUCUUCAAAAGAAAUUCAGAAAGGUCAAGAUUCUAGAGAAGGUCGUAUGCACCACAAUCGAUACUUUCCAGGGACGAGAGGCUGAGAUCAUCAUCGUCGCUCUUUGCUUGACAGGAAGCAAAGGAUGGGACUUUGCCGCCGAUCCACGUCGCCUGAAUGUCGCGCUUACCCGACACAAAUCUAGCCUCUUCAUCUUUGGAGACAUCAAUAGCAUACCACAGAGUUCCUUCAAUGAUGAGAACGUCCCUUCGCCUAACGAGGGGAAGACUCUUCUCAACCCAGACACCAUAGGUAGAGUGAUCGACAUGAUCAGAGCCAGCCGUCGAAUUGUCCCGCUUCUGGGCGACCCAAAGCAUGAUCCUGACAGCAAGUGGGCCUAG